AUGCUCUUUAUUAUUUUGUUGGCAAUUGUUCUUGAAACAUGUAAUGGAAUUCAAGUAACACCAACCCACUAUCUUGUAACUCCACCAACCACUUAUGGUCCUUUUAGUAGCUCCUUUACAACUGAUUGCAAUGGUGGUCAGAUUAGAGGUUUAACAAUAUGUCCUAAUACUGCUAGACUGACUGAUAAUGUAACUAAUGAAGGAAUGAACUUUAGUUCUGACAAUUUCAUGGGAUGGAACAAAUCAUUUGAUUUGGAGUUUAACUUUGGAUCACCAAAUUACUUUUUCACUCAAGUUGAUAUAUAUUUCUAUUACAAUCCAUCAGGAGGAUAUGGAUUACCAGAUAUUAGAACUGGUGUAUCUAAUAAUGGUAUUGGCUACAUUAUUGUAGCAUCCACAUUCAUUGAUAAUUCAGAAUUGUCAGGCAGUGAUGAUAAUGUGCAAGUUCUCUCAUUAAUUAUGUUAACACCACAGAAUUUUCUGUUCUUUUAUCAAUACUUUCGUUUCCAAUUCAUUUUCUCUUCAUCAUUUCUAUCCACUCAAACAUUUAUUAGUGAAAUGCGGUUUUUUACAAACACUGGUACUUCAUUUCCUGCACUUCCUAUUCAAUUUCUGUCACCAAAUGAAACAAUAGUACAAGAUAUGGUUCAAUCAUCACUAUCAUUAUCAUGUACAGUGGAUAAUAAUGGAACCUUUCAUUGGUCAUGGAGUGGACCAGCAGUUACUAAUGGAGUCAUUAGGCUAUCAGAUACAACAAGAACUAGUACACUGACAAUAUCUAAUGUUAGUUAUAGUGAUGCUGGGAACUAUACCUGCACUGCCUCUUAUCUGGCAUUUGGGGAUACUGUAGGUAAUCCUUUUAACUCAAUUAAGCCAGAAAUGCCUACUACAAACAAUAUCCAUCUCAUCCUUAAUGGUUCAGUGUUUACUCUAUCCCACCCAGUGUUAGCAGUACCUGGUAGUAAUGUCAGUUUACAGUGCAAUUUCACUGGUUACCUACCAUUGAACUAUCCAAUACAAUGGACAGAUGAAUCAGGUAUGAUAAUAGACUCGAAUUACAGUAGUACUGUGGUAUCAAAUGAGGCUGGAGUAUCACAGAGUGGAGCAAGUACAACUGAAGGUGAUGUAGUUAGUACUUUAACACUUUUGAGAGUUGAUGUUGAUGAAGAUGGUGAGUAUACUUGUGUUAUGCUUGGAACAGAACUAAAAGGAACAGUUUCCUUAGUUAUUUUAGAUGUAGUUACUACAACAGUUCAAGGCUCAUCAAUAACAAAAACUAAUAGUGCACCAACUGCAAUAGCAUUAUCAACUGCACCAUCAGUUGCAACAUCAGUGCCAUCAUCAGAACCUGCAGCCUCAGGUUUAACAACAAUAGUUAUUAUAGCUAUAGCAUUAAUUGCAUCAUUUAUGGCUGGAAUAGCAUGUGUACUACUGAUAUUAAUACCAAUAAUAAUAGUGUUAGCUUGUAAGGCUAAAAAGAACAGAGCAGCCAAUGAUGAGCUAAAGGAUAUCAUGUUUGAAUUUGGAGUCAAUACAGCAUAUGGAAGAGGAGGAGAGAGGAGCUUAAUAUUAGGACACAAUAGAGCAUAUGAUGUGAAGAGAGAGGCUGAAACUGAAGCUGUAUAUGAGGAAUUAGAUACAGUAGAGUAUGAAGAGCUACCAAAUGUUAUUCCAUUGCCUCUGAAUCCUGAUGAUGAUGAUAAUACUGCUGAUGUUACUGGGUGUGAAGAAAUGCAGGAAGGAGAUACUGCACUUGAAAGUAAUGAAGAAGAAACAACUCAAGAGGCUCCAGAAGAUGAACAUGACUAUUACUAAAUAAUACUAUUACAUUUUUUAUGUUCAAGAAACUCUUUUUAGGAUUGCAUUUUUACACCCACA